UGGCCUUAAUUAAUAAGCAACCGUCAACAUUUAAAAACAUAACCUAAAGAUGUAAAGCAAUUUAAUUUUCGUGCAAAAUGUCAACUUUGCAAGAUAAAGAAAACGAGCAAUUUAUAGCACAACAAACUAAAUUGGCUAUAAGACGCAGUAAAGGCCACAAAAUUCUAGAAGACCUUUACCAAUCUAUAAAUGAAAGUAGACAUGCAAUAUUGAUGGAACACAACUUUGUAGUUAAAUCGGUAGACUUUCCGGAAAUAAAAAAUCCUUUUGAUCUUUAUAAAGAGGAAGAAUUGAUAUCGGAAGUUGAUACAGCGUUGGAGAAGAAAUUACAGCAACAAAUUUUAUUAUGUGAUAUUCUCACUAAAAAAAUUAAUAUGAAAAAGGCUUCUUAAUAAUUUAAUCUAAUAAAUGUUGAUAUAUUAUUUCUAAACAUUUCAGUCUUGGUUUUGUACCCUAAAAAAAAAUAAUGUAGUUUUUGAGGUAAAAAUACAGGUGAUUUUAAUGUAGUAUGUCAAAUUCCAAGAAAAUGCAGCUAUACAAACACAUUUGAA